GUCUAUAUAUAGUGUUCUACUUGAUAGUGACGUCAGCAUUUGCUGGAGUAACCGUACCAUACAAUGCCCUUAUUGCCGACAAGUCACAUCCUUCCCAAAGAGGUCUAAAUUCCGGUGUAAUGGCAGCCAUGAUUCUGAUAGGUAAUGUCAGUGGUGCGGCCGUGGGAACUUCAUUUACGCAUAUCGGCGUUAUUGGUGCCUAUUCCAUAUCGAUUGCUAUAGUUCUUAUAACGCUUGUGAUCACAAUAUUUGCAACCACGGAGGACGAGGGAAAACAUGUUGUUGAACCACUUGGCUGUAUAACACUAUUUUGUGGUUUCUGGGAUCCAUUAAAAGAACAUGAUUUCCGAUGGGUUUUCAUCACACGAUUUCUAAUGCAACAAGGUGUUUCAACAGUAACAGGAUUUUUAGAGUACUGGUUACAUGACAUGGUAAUUUUACCUCACUGUUGGACGGCUGCUACAAGUGUUGCCAUCAUGUUAUUACCAAUGUUGUUUGCUGCUGCAUGUAGCUCCAUUAUCUUUGGUAUCAUAUCAGAUAAAUUUGGAAGAAGGAAACCUAUUGUUAUAACUGCAGCGGCAAUUAUGAGCACCAGCAUUGCCACUAUGAUCAUGGUGUCAGGGAAAAGUGCAUUCUACAUUGCUAUAAUCCUAGCCUUUUGUUUUGGGGUUGGAUUUGGGUCGUUCCAGUCAGUUGACUUUGCCCUAGUUAUGGAUGUUUUACCACAAGAAAAAGACAAGGCCAAAGAUAUCGCUGUUUGGCAUCAAGCUCUUAUCUUGCCAAAUGCUUUAGCCACGCCUGUUGGCGGAUUGAUAUUGGACUACUUUCAACAGGUUGACUGUAGAAUAGGGCUCGGUUACAUUAUUCUUUUUGCUGUUACUGCCGUUUAUUUUUGUCUGAGUGGAUUAUUUGUGAUGAAGAUAAAACGUGCACGAUAAAAACAUCAUACAAUCAAAUUUCCCGCCAUGUUUUGCUAAUAUUUUAAAAGGUAUUUAAUCUUGCUGUCGAAACUGUUGCUGGGCUACCAUCUUUGAAAUAUUAAUAAAUGUUUGAGUUGUUAUGUUUCAGCUAUUUUUGUAUAUUAAGGUAGUAAUAUAAUACCAAUAGCUACUUAAAUGUAUCAAUAGUAUAACAUAAAGAUCACGGUUUUUAUCUUAUGCACAUCUACUUAAAUACUACAUAACCCUCAACCUGCUUGUACCGGAUGUGAUCAGCCUUUGUCACCAGUAUAGAGCCAGACCAGUCUGAACAUCCAUGCAGUCUAACCAGGCUCUAUACUGCUAGCUGACUAACUUUAAAUUUGCAUAUUGAUAUGGCUAGAAUUGUGAUUGAUCAGUCUAAACAAUGGACGCUGUCCAUUUUUUUUUUAAUGAUCAACAGGUUAAGGGUUGGGUAGCGAAUUUUUCAAGCAGACGCUGUACUCUUAUUUCACUUUAAUUUGUUUAAAUAUAGCCAAAUUGAUAAAGAAUAUCUUAAUAUUUUGAGUUUUAUUAGCUUGUCGCGUGAUAUUCGUGCUUGUGUUACAUAAAGAUGGUGACAAAGGCACAUGAUUUUCAUUCAAGUUUUAAGAGGAUACAUUUUGAAAUGUGGCUUUAAAAUAGAUUCAAACCAAUAGGAUAAUAAUAAGUGUCACAUCUGUAUGUUGUGAAUUUUGAAAAUUUAAACCAUUUCACUACUGGUUUAAAAGAACCAAAAUGACUUUUAAUAUUAUGUUUUAUAAUUAUAACUUUAUUUUUAUUUCUUAAUCGGCAGGAAAUACAUAUAUCUGACUACUCUACAACGAAAAAAAAUAUGGAUGGCAUUUUUUGUCUUUAGGUUGUUAAAUAAUUACUUUCAGGCAAUUCAAAUAAUUACCUCUAUUUAUUAACAUGUUUAAUAUUUCAUUAAAUACAUUCCGUCUAUCAAUACCUCGUGUGAAUUUAGUAAACUUUGACAGUUUCCGUAUACGUGUAUAUAAUUAACGUUUUAAUAGAAAACGGGGAGCGGGCAAAGAAACAGACGCUUAUAAAGUCUUUAAAGAUACGGAAAGUGUCGAAAAUGAUCCGGAUUUUCACGAGUAUGUAAUGUGUAUAUGUACUAAAUCUUAAAGUCAAAUAUGAUAUUUAUAUGUGAUAUUAUAAAAACAUUUCCUGUCUCAUUUGAUUGUUGUAAUAAUAUUUAACAUAUUGUUAUUUGUUUUUACCCCAUCGUUAAAAAUAAAUAAAUUGAUGACUUUGCACAAUUCAUUUUACUGGAAAAAUAGUUAAGCUAUUUUUAACACUACAUGUAAAAUAUCUAUCUUGUAUCACAAAAUGUUGGUUCCUAUUACGGUGAAGUGCGCACUAUUUUGUUUUCUUAUACAGAUAAAUUAUAACCAACCUUGUGUAUCUAUAUACAAAAGCAUUUUAAUGUAGUUUCGUAUGAAAUGUCAAUAAAAUAAUUAUUGAUUUGAAUAUUAAAUCUUACUCUGCUGAAUCUGUAAUAUUAUAAUGAAUAUUUCGAAAUUCAUCAUUGGUAUAUUCUGGAGGACUGGAAUGGGACAAAAUUAUAAUAUAAUAAUCACCCAAAGGUACAUAUAGUUGGAUCUAAAAAAACCUGAAACAGAAGUAUAGUUUGCUCAUGGACCUUAGUUUCCAGCUGUCUCGGUGUCGAGGACUUAAUCUUAUGAGAAUGAAUUUGAAGCUUUGUAAAGGAUAACUCAAUAAAGAACCCUUCAUAGUGACAGUUCAAGUGUACUAAUAAAUAUUCCAUACAACCAAAGACAAUUUAUAUACAUGGUAUCAUUUUAUAUUCAUUCAUUAACGGUGGUGAUAACAUAUUAUGUAUAAUUGUGUUGAUGUGUUUAUAUUGUUAUCAUGAUUUGAUUUAUUAAUAAAAAAUCACAUAAAAGUUCA